CGCGGCACCUCAGUCCGGGGAACAGUGGUGCGAGCUCCAGGCCCGUGCACUGAGGAGGCGGAAACCGGGGGAGCCCCCAGAGCUCCAUCAGGCCCCUUCCAAAGGCUCCCCCACCCGGUCCACGCCCCCCACCCCCUACCCCGCCUCCUCCCAAUUGUGCAUUUUUGCAGCCGGAGGCGGCUCGGAGAUGGGGCUGUGAGCUUCGCUCGGGGAGGGGGAAAGAGGGGAGAAGAGAAAAGCUGGGGGUGAAGGGUUUGGAUUUGGGAGCAGGGGGCGGACGCACCCCCGUCAGCAGGCCCUCCCCAAGGGGCUCUGAACUCUACCUCUUCACCCACGCCCCUGAUGCUCUUUGCUUAAGGAUAGGAUAAGAAUAGAGGAGGAGGAGGGGAGAAGGAGGAAAAAGGGGGACCCCCCAAUUGGGGGGGCGACGGCAAGAAGUAGCAGGACCAGAGGGGAGGGGGCUGCUGCUUGCAUCAGCCCACACCAUGCUGACCCCGCCGCUGCUGCUGUUGCUGCCCCUGCUCUCAGCUCUCGUCGCGGCCGCUAUCGACGCCCCUAAGACUUGUAGCCCCAAGCAGUUUGCCUGCAGAGACCAGAUCACCUGUAUCUCAAAGGGCUGGCGGUGUGAUGGUGAGAGGGACUGCCCGGAUGGAUCUGAUGAGGCCCCUGAGAUUUGUCCACAGAAUAAGGCCCAGCGAUGUCAGCCGAACGAGCACAAUUGCCUGGGCACCGAGCUGUGUGUUCUCAUGUCCCGCCUCUGCAACGGGGUCCAGGACUGCAUGGAUGGUUCAGACGAGGGGCCUCACUGCCGAGAGCUCCAAGGACCCUGUUCUCAGCUGGGCUGCCAGCACCAUUGUGUCCCCACACUCAACGGGCCCACCUGCUACUGCAACAACAGCUUUCAGCUGCAGGCAGAUGGCAAGACCUGCAAAGACUUUGACGAGUGCUCAGUGUACGGCACUUGCAGCCAGCUGUGCAGCAACACGGACGGCUCCUUUACAUGUGGCUGUGUGGAAGGGUACCUGCUGCAGCCAGACAACCGCUCCUGCAAGGCCAAGAAUGAGCCAGUAGACCGGCCCCCCGUGCUGCUGAUUGCUAACUCCCAGAACAUCCUGGCCACGUACCUGAGUGGGGCCCAAGUGUCUACCAUCACGCCCACUAGCACACGGCAGACCACAGCCAUGGACUUCAGCUACGCCAACGAGACUGUGUGUUGGGUGCAUGUUGGGGACAGCGCUGCCCAGACACAGCUCAAGUGUGCCCGCAUGCCUGGCCUGAAGGGCUUCGUGGAUGAGCACACCAUCAACAUCUCCCUCAGUCUGCACCGUGAGUCGCCUGCUCCUAACUUGGAGAGCAGGGGAGGGCAGGGAAGAUGGAGCAAGCUGGAGCCUGCCUAGGACAGAGGCAGAGGGUUAGACAGGAUGACCCCUGUCUGGGGCAGGAGUCUAAAGAAGAAGCCCUUGACUGAGGCCAAGGCAGGGGGAUGCACAAGAUGACCCCUGUUGGGGGACAGGGGCAGACUGAUGGCUCUGCUUCCUUCCCUCUCUCUGAGCUUAGUCUCUAGAUGGCUCCUGAAUUUUGGGCCAGGGCCAAGGAAAAAUGCUAAGGGGGCAAUGAAUGGUCAAUCUCCAGAGACCCGGGACUGUCCCUUCUUAGAGAGAAGAGUGUUGAUUCAACCGCAGAGGGGCUUUCCCAUGUAGCAGGAGCCAGGGCAAGGGAAAGAAAAGGCCUGGAGCCCAGGCGGAGCCUUGCUAGGUUGUGGCUGAGGGCAAAGAUGCCAGGGUCUGGCUGGAUCUAUCUCCAUGUUCUGUCAUUUUCCUCGGGGACAUCAUCAGAACGGAUCCAUGGCUGCAGGGUGAGUGUGGGGGUCCUGAGGCUGUUUGGGGGGCUUUGUGACAGUGAAUGAGACUAGAGGAGGAACAGAGAGCACUGGGGCCACGGGGACAUUUUAAGACCUCUGGGAUGUUUCCAUUCAAACUCCUUCCCUGGGCUGUACUUUGCUGUCUUAGGGGUGGAAGAAGGGAUAUACCUAGGGAUGGGGCCAGGGCAUAGAUCCACUGCCAGAGGCAGCCCUGCUCAUCUCAGAUGCUGUUACAUAAACAAACAAACAUCUGGCACCGUCACAUUUCCAGGAAGCCACACUGCAGAGAUGAGGGGGAAGAUCUGGCCUUGGUUGAUCCGACCCCCGGGAGGGAGGGUAAUUUGAUCUGUGACCUUGAGUAAAUCAGAAUUCCCUGUGCCUGCUUUGAUUUCCUAAUCUGCAUCGUGGGUUUGAGCUUGCCUGUCCAGAGCAGAUCAAUUGAAGUGAAAGCGAGAGGCAACCCAUAAGGUUUAGAUUGUGAACCCUGGGCCUGCUGGAAGAUCUUCGUUCUUCAUUGCAUCCCCGUGUUAUGAUCACCACAGAAGACAGAUCCCAGGAGGACACAUGGGCUUAGUUCUGGACUAGCAGGGGUUCCCCGAGAGCCCUUACCCUCUGCAGCCUCAUCACCUCGUCCGCACCUCGGCUCCAGGUCCUCCAGAGCAUCCCAGUGGUGUCUCUGGUCUGUUGGUCACCAGGGCUCACUUGGGAUCCGACAUGUCUUCCUUGGAAUGCUGGGCUGGGGGCUGCCAUACUUGGUUGGCUGACCUCUCGAGGGGUGGGCAGAUCAGGGAACCCAGUGGCAGAGAGGGUAGCAUAGGGCGAGACCCCUGAGACAGCUGCCCUCUCCCUGCUCCUUGUUGACGGCCCCACCCAACAGGCCUGUCUGGACAAACGGCUCUGGCAGCUCCCUCCCUGGCCCUGCCUCGGGGCCAGACGAUGGGCUCGUGGGCAGGUGGCUGGCGAGGGCGCCCUGAUGGGAAACUUCUCGGCUUUUGCUCUGGCCUGGCCCCAUCUCCUGCCUUCCUCCAAAGGAGAAGCAGGAAAUAAGCUCAGGCGGGUACCCCUCCCUUGGCAAAUAGAGCCUUGCCUCCCAGUCUGUUAGAUUCAUUGGGCCCCUCUGGGGCAGAGUCCAGGAGGCAGGAACAGAUCAAGGUUCCGGGGAGAAAUGCUGGUGGGGU